CCACAGCACCUGUAGUCCUCUCCCCAGCCAGUCGCUUCCUUGCCAGACGUACGGCAGCAGGGUAGUCAGUUACCAGGCGCGAGCGUGUGCACCUCCUAUAUGGCUGACUAUCCAAGUACUCAAUUUUGAGUGACAACAUCCACUUCGUCUUGACAGUUGCCGCAUUUUCCUGCUUGUUACACCAGGUGAAUAGGUCAGGAAAAACUCGUGAAUCCCCACCACCAUGAGCAACAAGGCCGCUUCCGCCACACAGGAAUUCCUCGACAGCUCUCAGUACUCCCUCAAGCGUAUCCUUCGCUAUGAAAGGAUCUUCGGCCACACCUGGGUGUCCACAGGCGGCGAGACUACCACUAAGGACUUCCUGAUCAAGUUGGGAUUACGUCCGGGUCAGCGAGUAUUGGACGUGGGCUGCGGAUCUGGUGGGUCAGCCUUCUUCAUGGCCAGGAACUAUGGCGUCCAUGUCCAUGGCAUCGACCUCUCCACCAACAUGAUCAACAUCGCGCAAGACCGCUUAUCUCGCGAGGACAAGGAAGUGCGCGACAAGGUGAAGUUAGAGGUGGCGGACACCACUAAAGUGCAAUACAACGCCAUCUAUGACGUCAUCUACUCCCGAGACACCAUUCUUCACAUCCCUGACAAAGAACAGCUUUACAAGAAUAUGCACGCAUGGCUGAAACCCGGUGGCACUUUGUUCGUCACCGAUUACUGCCGUGGCGACCGUCAACACUCAAAAGAAUUCAUUGACUACGUGAAGCAGAGAGGAUACGACCUACGGACGGUGCCGGAAUAUGGGCGAGUGCUGGAGCAAGCGGGCUUCAAAGAUGUGCAAGCUGUAGACCUCACCCAGACCUUCAUCUCCGUUCUCACCAGCGAGCUCAAGUACUUCGAGCCCACUCGCGAAGCCUUCAUACUGGAGUACAGCGUGGAGGACUACAACGAAAUAGUAGGCGGUUGGAAGCAGAAACUAGUGCGCUGUGCUGCCGGGGACCAGGCCUGGGGCAUGUUCAUUGCUAAGAAGUAAUUCCUCCGCCUCCUGAACUUUCAAAUCCACCUCAAUCACACCAUGGAUGACUGGAAGAGGGAGUCACCGGGUCACCAAGAUUUGUUAUAACCACAUCAAGAUGUCCACCACUUCCACAACACACUCAUUUCUAAGUUGAAUAAAAUUUGGGUCUGUCAAAAAGAACCCUUAAAACUGUAAUUAGGAAAGAACUUAUUGAUGAGUUUGACGCAAGUAGACAAGUGCAAACAGGCACUAGUCGA